UUGUUACUUAAUACUUCUAUUUUAUUAAGGUUAUGGAAUAAAUUAGUUGUUGUGGACGAUCUCUUACACCAUUGUGGCAAAGGUUUGAAUGCCACCACUUUUUUGUUAUAUUUUUUGUUUGAUAAAAAUCUGAGAUUGAACAAAUAAAAAAACCUUGCAUUUGACAUUAAUACAUUUCUAAGUUACGUACAACUACAACCAUUUACAAGCUGAAUGAGGACUUUGAAAUCAGUCGUGAAAAGCUACAUCAAUGAAGUUUCUUUAACUCAUUGCCGAUCAAUUAAGUUGGGAGACAUACAAAUUACGUACAUUGCAAACAACAUCAUUAAUGGCUACGCCAAAUGCGGUCAUGUGGGAAUCGCACACCAACUGUUCGAUGAAAUGUUUCAAAGAGAUACAGUUUCUUGGAACACCAUUAUUGCUGGGUAUAUAAAUUCUGUAUGCUUCAAUCGUUCUUGGAAUAUCUUCAAUGAAAUGAGAUGGCUUAGGUUUCGGGUUGAUGAGUACACUUUUGCUAGUCUUCUCAAAGGGGCUGCUUCUAAUGGUAAGCUUAUUUGUGGGGAGCAAUUGCAUUCUAUGGUCAUUAAACUCGGGUACCAAUCCGAUGUAUAUACUGCAAGUUCACUUUUAGAUAUGUAUGUCAAAUCUAGGAGAGUUGGGGAUGCAUAUGUUGUGUUUAACAUGAUGCCAUUUCGCAGUUCUGUAACAUGGAAUGCUAUGAUUGCUGGGUUUGUGGAAAAACGUGAUUUUCAAACUGCAUUUGAGCUUUUUGAUUGUAUGGAAAAAGAGGGUAUACAGAUUCAUGAUGGGACAAUUGCCCCUUUAUUGACUUUGCUUAACGACCCUGGCUAUUACCGGUUAACUAUUCAGCUUCAUUCGAAGAUUAUCAAACAUGGGUUGAGUUACAAUAAUAUUGUAUGCAAUGCUCUUCUUACCGCAUAUUCAGAGUGCGGUUCGUUGGAACACGCUGAGAAGUUGUUCCAUGGUGGUUUUGAUUUUCAUGAUUUAGUAUCAUGGAAUUCUAUGUUGGGGGCUUAUAUUGUACAUAAAAAGGAAAGGCUUGCGAUUAAAGUCUUCUAUGAUAUGCAAGAAUUUGGUUUCGAACCUGAUAUUUAUACGUAUACAAGUAUCAUUAGUGCUUGUUUUGAUAGUGGAACACAAGCUUAUGGAAAUUGUUUCCAUUGCUUGGUUAUAAAGAAGGGGCUAGAUAGUUUCACUGCCAUAGCCAACACUCUGAUAGCUAUGUAUCUCAAGUCGAGUGGAAAAGCUAUGGCCGAUGCAAUGAGGUUGUUUGAAUCAAUAGACCAUAAAGAUUCUGUCUCUUGGAAUUCUGUUUUGACUGGGUUCUCACAGUAUGGCCUGAGUGAAAAUGCCAUAAAGUUCUUCGGGAAGAUGCGGUCACAUGAUGUUGGGAUUGACCACUAUUCUUUUUCUUCAGUCCUGAGAUCAUGUGCUGUUUUAGCUUCCCUACAUUUAGGUCGACAAGUUCAUGUUCUAGUUCUUAGAACUGGAUUAGAAUCAAAUGAGCAUGUGGCUGGUGCAUUAAUAUUCAUGUAUUCUAAAUGUGGGUUACUUGAUGAUGCUAGAAGGUCCUUUGAAGAUACCCCCAAAGACAGCCCAAUUACUUGGAACUUUAUCAUAUUUGGGUAUGCUCAACAUGGACAAGGCAAACUUGCCCUUGAUCUUUUUUAUCAAAUGACAAAAAGUAGGGUGAAACUCGACCAUGUAACCUUCGUUGCUGUCUUGACAGCUUGUAGUCACAUGGGAUGGGUGGAAGAAGGUCGACAUAUUAUUGAAACAAUGGAGUCUACGUAUGGGAUUCCACUAAGAAUGGAACAUUAUUGUUGUGCCAUUGAUUUGUUUGGCAGAGCAGGGAUGUUAGAUGAGGUGAAGGCCUUGGUAAAAUCGAUGCCAUUCGAGCCAGAUGCAAUGGUCUGGAAAACUAUCCUAGCUGCAUGUAAAAUGUGUGGGGAUGUUGAAUAUGCAUAUGAGGUAACAAGUCAUCUGCUUGAAAGUGCUCCUGAAGAGCAUUGUACUUAUGUCAUCAUGUCUGAUAUUUAUGGGCGCCUUAAGAGGUGGGAAGAGAAAGCUCAGCUGACAAGGUUGAUGAGGGAGAGAGGGGUAAAGAAGGUCCCAGGCUGGAGUUGGAUCGAGAUAAACAACGAAUCUCAUGCUUUUAAUGCCGAGAGUAGUUCUCACCCUAAUUCUUUGGAGAUUUAUGAUACUUUGGAAAAACUUAUGGAGGAAAUCGGGAUGCUAAAACUUGCCUCUAUUCCUGAGGUUUUCGUCUAGCAGCGGUCUCUUGCUGAUGAAUUCUGUGAAUGAUUGCCUGCGGCUCACUUACAUUUGCCAAGUCUAAAAUUUAAAAUGUGAUAUACGUGCAGUGGAUUGUGUGGAAGAUGGGCAUAUAAUAAACACAAGAUAAGAUUUCCACUAUUGAGAUAAAACUGGACAUAAAUGCCAUCAUUGAAGUUUGCUACUAUAUGUUCAAGGGUCGCCACGAUCACUGAUACUGGUUAUUGAUUCUGGAUCCGGACAAAGAAAGAAAUGGUGCAGGAAAGUGUUCUAGGUUCAUCCUGCCUGUGACAAUCCUAAGCUGAAGACUGAUAUUGUAAUUUCAUCUUCAUCCAUCGAGUUAUCUCCCUUCAUGUGAUAGUGUGCCACCAACUUGUAGUGAGUUCCGGUGCCAGACGAAUCGUAUAUGUUCUCAAACACAGCACUCUCCAAUGUAUCAGGAAAGAUAUCUCCU